AUGGAAGCGCCGAUUACAUCCACCGAUUUAAAAGAGUUUAAAAAGAUUUCAACUGGGAAAGUGCGGGAUCUUUACGACUACAAUGACACACUCCUCUUCGUCGCUACGGAUAGGAUUUCUGCAUUUGACGUUAUCUUGUCGAGUGGCAUCCCAAAUAAGGGCAGGCUGCUCACUCAACUUUCCACUUUCUGGUUCGAUAAGCUUUUCCCGAUUAUUCUCAGCGACGGCACCCACGUCGGCCAUCACUUGCUAGAGAAGAAUGUAGAGAAAAUGGGCCUCCCUGCAAGCGCCAUAGACUCCCUUAAAGAUCGCACUCUGCAGGUAAAGAAGUGCGAUAUUGUCAAAAUCGAAGCCAUCGUCAGAGGUUACAUUACUGGUUCAGCGUGGAGCGAGUAUAAGAAAUCUGGCACUGUCAAUGGCGCUCCUGUUAAAUCUGGUAUGCAAGAAAGUGAAAAAUUCGACCACCCUCUCUUCACUCCCUCCACAAAGGCAGAUCAAGGCGAUCACGACGAGAAUAUCUCACUAGAAGAGUACCGAAAGCUAAUUCCACAACCACUCGCUAAAAGAAUCGAGGAGGCUGCUAUCAAGAUAUACUUGUCGGCGUCUGAGUAUGCCUCAACCAAGGGAAUCAUCUUGGCAGACACCAAGUUGGAAUUCGGUGUGGACGCACAGGGUAACCUACUCGUCGUUGACGAGAUUCUCACCCCAGACAGCUCACGCUUCUGGCCAGUGGCGGGUUACCAAGUUGGUAAGGGUGUUGACUCAUUCGACAAGCAAUAUGUACGUGACUGGUUGAAAUCUGUUGGUUUCGACAAGAACAGCCCAGUCGGACCAGUUAUACCGGAAGAUAUUGUCAAUAAAACCGCCGACAAGUAUUACGAGGGGUAUAGAAUGUUGACGGAGUAA